CCCGAACACACGAGGUAGGGGAAAAAAAAAAGAGCGCACAGAGUUUAUAGAGAUUUUGGAGAGAGACGGAGUGACAUUAUCGUAGUGAAACCCAAAACUUUUUGGUCUCUCUGCUUCUUCGCCGCUCGUUUCGGAGGAUGGAGCUGUCCGAUCCUUUCAGGAGCUGGGUAUAAUUCUUGUACAAACGUUUCUGCUUCAUUCCUGGAACCUGCCUGUACAGAACCAAAAAUUAAAUAGAGAACAAACAAAAUAAAACACGAAGUAUAGAAACCCGUUUCCCAUGGAAUUGUACGGUCGCAACCAGGGGAGGAAUAAUGGGUCCCAACCAGGUCAUCAACCUGAGUGGACCUCCUCAGGCGGAGAUACCGGGCUCGAAGGGUUCUUGCAAUGUGGGGUUUUGGUUAAGGUCUUUUGACGAUUUGGGUCUUGAUAUUGGCGGUCAAUGGUAGAGUCGAUGUGGCGAUUGGGGCUGAGGGGCAGCGAAUCCUACCCGGAGCGACCUGGCGUGCCCAAUUGCGUUUACUACAUGCGAACCGGCUUCUGUGGGUACGGUGGCAGGUGCCGUUACAAUCAUCCUCGUGAUCGCGCGGCGGUUGUGGAAGCUGUAAGGGCUACAGGGGAGUACCCAGAGCGAGUUGGGGAGCCUCUAUGUCAGUAUUAUUUGAAAACUGGGACAUGCAAAUUUGGUGCAUCCUGCAAAUUUCACCAUCCAAAACAUGGAGUUGGAUCCUUGAGCCAAGCUCCACUAAAUAUUUAUGGAUACCCAUUACGACCGGGUGAGACAGAUUGCUCCUAUUAUUUGAAAACGGGGCAGUGCAAAUUUGGUGUAACUUGUAAAUUCCAUCAUCCUCAACCAGUUGGCACCUCAAUACCGGGAUCUGCACCUCAGUUUUAUCAACCGGUGCAGUCUCCUUCACUUCCUACACCUGAACUGUAUGGGAGCGCAUCUACCAGCUUGAGUGUGCCUAGGCACCCGCUAUUACCUGGUUCCUACAUGCCAGGGACUUAUGCUCCUGUCCUGCUUUCCCCAGGGGUUGUUUCUAUUCCGGGUUGGAGUCCUUAUUCGGCUCCUGUCAGCCCUGCGCUAUCUCCUGGUGCUCAACCUGCUGUUGGAGCAACUUCUCUGUAUGGAGUAACACCAUUAUCUUCAUCAACACCUGCACUUGCAAGACCUUAUCUCUCGUUACCCUCUUCUGCUAACCCUUCAAGCAGUAGCCAAAAGGAGCAAGCCUUUCCUGAGAGACCUGGUGAACUUGAAUGCCAGUACUAUAUGAGAACGGGGGACUGUAAAUUCGGGUCAUCUUGUCGAUAUCAUCAUCCUCGGGAUCGGGUUUCUUCCGGGACUGUCCUCAGUCAGCUCGGUCUUCCCUUGCGUCCGGGGGUGCAACCGUGUGCUUUCUACUUGCAAAAUGGGCAUUGCAAAUUUGGGCCAACAUGUAAAUUUGAUCAUCCGAUGGGAACAAUGAGAUACAGUCCAUCUGCAUCAUCUCUCAUUGAUAUGCCAGUUGCCCCAUACCCAGUUGGCUCUUUACUAGCUACUCUGGCUCCUUCAUCCACUUCUUCGGAGCUUCGGCCUGAAUUGGUUUCAGGAUCCAAAAGGGAAUCAUUUUCAUCCAGAAUGCCUUCUUCUGGGAAUACCAGUAAUUCAGUUGGUUUAAUUUUUUCUCAACCCGGGUCAGUUUCACUCUCUGAAGUGCAGCUUUCAAGCCAGAUUUCUUCCACUUUAAGCGGCGUCAGAAGCACCAGACAAGGGGGUGAGUUUCGUCGUUCAAGCUAAUGCAAAACCUUAGAAGCCCAUUCUUCAUUGUCUUCUGAACUUGGUUUAUAGAGCUCAGCAAGUGUUUAGUGGUCAAUUGUGCAGAGUCCCCACUUUGCACUUUUAAGGAUUAUCAACCAUAUAAUUAACCAAUUUGGUUUACCUCACACUUGGACUCAUCAUCUCUGUUUCUACCAUUUAUGUACAGUCAUGAAUAUCUAUACGUUGUAAUAUUUAUACAUUUAAAAUAUUAAAGUAAGGAAGUGUCUAAAGGCGUUUUUACA